AUGCAUGUCAAACCGUGUGGAUUCCAAGCGAACUAUAAUUUCGCAGAUUCCCUUUCAGACACGGGCAACGCCAUGGCAACCCGCCCGGGCCCUGAAGGCUGGAAGUAUCCAAUGGGCAAUCGGCGAAAUCACCGGCAGAUUUUGCGACGGCCGGGCUACUCAUUAUCUGAGCAGAUGAUUCCACAGAUUGCCGCGGAACUGAAAUGCGACGACAGCAAGAAUGAAUUGUAG